GCCGGUGGUCGUGCAGUCCCAGGGGCUGGAUGGCAUGCUGGACCCAAGCUCAGCUCAGCGUCUGGGCCCAAUAAAGACUUUACCAAGGGAGCAGCUUUCCAUCCUGGCCACACAGAGGUGCGUAGCGUAAUGUCCAUGUUGUUCUACGCUCUGAUCACAGCGUUGUUGAUCGGCAUACAGGCGGAACCACACGCAGAGAGCAAUGUCCCAGCAGGACACGCCAUCUCCCAAGCCCACUGGUCUAAGCUUCAGCAUUCCCUCGACACAGCCCUCCGCAGAGCCGGCAGCGCCCCGGCUGGGGUGAUCACUGCGAGGGUGGCAGGGCAGAGCCUCAACAUCACCGUGGACCCCAAACUCUUUAAAAAGCGGCGGCUGCACUCCCCCCGCGUGCUGUUCAGCACCCAGCCCCCGUCCGACACCCUCGAGGCGCAGGGCCUGGACUCGGACUCGGAGGCCCGCGGUGCGGCCGCUCUCAACCGGACUCACCGGAGCAAGCGGUCCGACUCCACCCACCCCAUCUUCCACAGGGGCGAGUACUCCGUGUGCGACAGCGUCAGCAUGUGGGUUGGGAAUAAGACCACCGCCACGGACAUCAAGGGCAACGAGGUGAUGGUGCUGAAAGAAGUGAGCAUCAACAACGUUGUGUACAAACAGUACUUUUUUGAGACCAAGUGCCAGAACCCCGAUCCUUCGAGCACUGGGUGCCGGGGCAUUGACUCGAAGCACUGGAACUCGUACUGUGCCCCCAAUUACUCCUUCACCAGGGCGCUGACCCUCGAUGCCAGUCAGACAGCCUGGCGGUUCAUCCGGAUCAACACAGCCUGCGUGUGCGUGAUCAGCAGGAAGACUGGGAGAAGAGCCUGACACCCCCCUACUCACCCCUACACCCUUCCUAGGA